AUGGAGGAUGAAAGAGAAGGAGAUCUCAGAGUACCUUUGGUGUUUUGCAUCUUCUUCCUCCUCGUCACCGCCGGUGGCGUCCUCCUCGUCAUCUACGUCUUCGCCCCGUCCGCGUCGCAGCCGUGGUACCCCACCGUCGCCAUCCUCUUCGUCGCCUCGCCAUGGGUUUUCUGGUUCCUUACAUAUCUCUACACCUGCCUCAAGGCCUGCAUCCUCCGAAAUUCGGCUGCCGAUGACGUCGCCGCCCGCCAAAUCUCGCGCCGCCCCACCGCCAGAAAUGUCUCCUCCUCCACCCCCGCCACCGGCAGCCAACGAUCCUCCUUCGCCUCGUCGAAGGAGCCCGAGAUGCCCUUGUUUUCGCGACAUAUUUCUGCUGCUGCUCCUAGAAAAUCUGUGGAGUUCGGCGAGAUAUUGAAAGAAAGGCAAGAAAUCAGCAGCUACUUGGGAAGAAAAUGGCAGAACUCAACCAGCUAA